AUGUCUGAUAAUAGAAGACGUAGACGUGAGGCAGAAGACGAUUCCGAUUCCGAGAAUGAUUUCCCACCUUCAUCACCACAACAACCAGAUAGAGGUGUUUACAACACUGUUUCAUCUCCAAUUGGUGCUCCAGAAGAUGAUAUGGUGAAUCCUGAAGGUGAUGACAACGAAAUUGCUGAAAUCCAAGAUAUCGAUGAUGCUGAAGAACAAAUGAAUGAAGUCGAUUUGAUGGGUGACGAUAUGUACCGUGAUUAUGGUUCUGACCCAACUAAGGAUGCAUAUGACACAGCACAAAUUGAUGACAGAGACCAAACAGAAUUAUCACUUGGUGAACGUCGUCGUAUUGAUGCACAAUUACAAGAAAGAGAUAGACUGUUGAAAAAUCCAGCGUACAUGGAUGAAGAUGAAGAGGACGAAAAUGCUAACCAACUUGAUGAAAUGGGUCUUCCAAUUCAAAAACGUAGACGUAGAAGAGAAUAUGAUACAUAUGAAAACAGUGAUGAUGAUCUAUUGGAUGAUAUGGUUGUGGAUCCUUUAACUGAAGAAUUGAGUUUAGAAUCUCUAAGUAAUGUAAAAGCUGCAAGUUAUUCAGAAUGGAUCAUCCAACCUAAUGUAGCGAGAACAAUUGCCAGAGAAUUGAAAAGUUUCUUAUUGGAAUAUACAGACGAAACAGGUAGAUCUGUGUAUGGUGCUCGUAUUAGAACCCUGGGUGAAAUGAACUCUGAAUCUUUAGAAGUAAAUUAUAGACAUUUGGCAGAAUCCAAGGCUAUCCUAGCAUUAUUCUUAGCUAAGUGUCCGGAAGAAAUGUUGAAAAUAUUUGACUUAGUUGCUAUGGAAGCUACCGAACUACAUUACCCAGAUUAUGCCAGAAUUCAUUCAGAAAUUCACGUUAGAAUAUCGGAUUUCCCAACUGUAUUCAGUUUACGUGAAUUACGUGAAUCUAAUUUAGGUUCAUUGAUUCGUGUUACAGGUGUGGUGACUAGAAGAACUGGUGUCUUCCCUCAAUUAAAAUAUAUUAAAUUUAACUGUUUGAAGUGUGGUACAGUUUUAGGUCCAUUUUUCCAGGACUCCAAUGAAGAGAUGAAGAUCUCGUUCUGUACUAACUGUAAAUCUAAAGGUCCAUUUUCCAUUAAUGGUGAAAAGACUGUCUAUCGUAACUAUCAAAGAAUCACACUUCAAGAAGCUCCAGGUACUGUCUUAGCUGGUCGUUUACCAAGACACAGAGAGGUGAUUUUAUUAGCUGAUUUGGUUGAUAUUGCAAAGCCUGGUGAAGAAGUGGAGGUUACCGGUAUUUACAAAAAUAGUUAUGAUGGUAGUCUAAAUGCCAAAAAUGGGUUCCCUGUGUUUGCAACUAUUAUUGAAGCCAACUCCGUGAAGAGAAGAGAAGGUAAUUCUUCAAAUCCAUCUGAAGAAGGUCUUGAUGUUUUCAGUUGGACCGAAGAAGAAGAACGUGAAUUUAGAAAAUUAUCCAGAGAUCGUGGUAUCAUUGAUAAGAUCAUUUCUUCGAUGGCACCAUCUAUUUAUGGCCAUAGAGAUAUUAAGACGGCCGUUGCGUGCUCGUUAUUUGGUGGUGUUCCAAAAAAUGUCAAUGGUAAGCACGCAAUUCGUGGUGAUAUUAACGUUUUACUAUUAGGUGACCCAGGUACAGCUAAAUCACAAAUUUUAAAAUACAUUGAAAAGACAGCACAUAGAGCUGUUUUUGCAACUGGUCAAGGUGCAUCUGCUGUUGGUUUGACAGCUUCAGUUAGAAAGGAUCCAAUAACAAGAGAGUGGACUUUAGAAGGUGGUGCGUUAGUCCUUGCAGAUAAAGGUGUAUGUUUAAUUGAUGAAUUUGAUAAAAUGAAUGAUCAGGAUCGUACAUCUAUUCAUGAAGCCAUGGAACAACAAAGUAUAUCUAUCUCCAAGGCUGGUAUUGUUACAACAUUACAGGCUCGUUGUUCUAUUAUUGCAGCAGCUAAUCCAAAUGGUGGUCGUUAUAACUCUACUUUACCAUUGUCACAAAAUGUCGGUCUAACAGAACCUAUUUUGUCCAGAUUUGAUAUCUUGUGUGUUGUUAGAGAUUUGGUUGAUGAAGAAGCAGAUGAAAGAUUAGCUAAGUUCGUUGUUGGAUCUCAUAUUAGAUCUCAUCCUGAAAAUGAAGAAAAUCUAGCUGGUGAGAAAGAAGGUGAAAACAAGGACGAAGAUGCUAUGGAUGAAGAUGGAGCUAUGUCUGCUAGACAAAGAAGAUUGAAAGUACAAAAGAAAUUAGAAGAAGAAAUAUCGCCUAUUUCUCAAGAGACACUAAUGAAAUAUAUCCAUUAUGCUAGAACAAAGAUAUAUCCUAAACUACAUCAAAUGGAUAUGGAUAAAGUUAGUAGAGUAUAUGCAGAUUUGAGAAGAGAAAGUAUUACCACCGGUUCAUUCCCAAUUACUGUCCGUCAUUUAGAAUCUAUAUUAAGAAUUGCAGAAUCUUUUGCAAAAAUGAGGCUGUCAGAAUUCGUCUCUGCUUGGGAUUUGGAUAGAGCUAUCAAGGUUGUAGUUGAUUCAUUUGUAGACGCACAAAAGAUUAGUGUUCGUCGCCAACUUCGUAGAUCUUUCGCCAUCUAUACAAUGGAUCAUAAAAAUUAG